AUGGGACACCUGCACGGCACGUUUGCGGCGGGGAUGUACGAGCCGUUGGUGUCGACCACAGUUGAUUUGCAGGUGUUGAUCGAGGACUUCAAGAUCGAGCUCGGUACUUUUAUGACCGCAUGUGAAUAUUUGGAUUGCGACGAGACCCUGUUAGAGGAAGCGGGUAUCGAGUUUGAGCUAGUUUCCAGCGGCUCUAGUGGAGCCCCCCCCAAGGCGGAGCUAUACAUCAUGGAGCUGCGCACGGGGCUCCCCCUGGCGACGUACCGCGGGCAGAUCCCCGGAUACCCCGCCACCGCGCCCAGGGACGAGGGGCCCGACCUCGACAGCGCCUUCCCCGACGACCCCCCCGAGGCGGAGCUUCCGCCCGCACCUGACGGGCUCGUCGGGGGAAGCGCGGAGGACUUGUGGGGGUGGCCGCCCGUUAAUGGGACGGAUGUUGGGGUAGGCACAGGGGAGGCGGCAGAGACAGGGACAGGGACAGGGGCCGGGGCAGGUGUGGUUGCGAGCACGGGCAUGACUGGUAACAGCAGCAGCGCCGCUGGGGUACCAGGGACGGUGGGGAGUGCGGCCGCAGGUUCAACAGAAUCAUCGGCCGAAACAGACUCAUCAGGAGGAAAUGGACGGUUGCUUGUCUCCUCCUCCUCGUCCUCCUCCCCUCGGCCGUCAUCUCAACCGUCCGCCUCAACGGCACUGAACUCCCACAGCUUGAAACGACCCCGGUUGAACCUGAAGGCGGCGCACGUGCAGGCGUACAGGCAGAUGCUGCAGCGGCAGCAGCGGCAGGUGGCUUCACACAUAGGCGUGGCCGCCACGGCCCUCGUGCACCACUUCCAAAUCGUCUCCCACGGCUUCGCCGCCGCGCUCACGCCGCUGCAGCUCUGGCGGGUGAAGCGCCACCCCGCCGUGGCGGCCGUGCGCAGGAGCCGGAUUUUCCGCAAGCAUACAUUCGACUCGCCCGUGUUUCUCGGGUUGCCCGACUCGCUUUGGCAGACGGCGGGCGGGCAGAGCAGCGCGGGGGCGGACGUGGUGGUGGGCGUGAUAGACACGGGCAUCUGGCCCGAACACAGCUCGUUCGACGACACGCAUGAACAGUCAUCGGAACGUGGCUCCACAAUUCACCCAGUUGCCCCUUCCGCUUCCGCCCUUUCCUCUCCCUCCUCCGCCCUUCCCCCUCCCCUCUCCGCUCCGCCCUCUCCGCGUGCCUCCCCCUUGCUCCUGCAAGGGCUGAGCGGCACGCCAGCGACGUGGCAGGGCACGUGCGAGACAUCGGCGGAUUUCAGCUGCAACGGCUGUCGAGACUAG